UUUGAGUGCUCAGCAGGACUGCAGGGUCUCUUUUGCAGGAGAGAGUUUGAAGGGGAGAGGGAGAAGAUCUGGGGGAUGUCCAAGGUCUCUUACCAUGCAAGACCUGAAGAAAAUUUGAAGCCACCUGGAUACAGGUUAGGAGACCCAGGGGAGAAACUAAAUGCGCAGGCACUGAACUGUUUGUAAUAAAGUGUGUCACCAUCUGUAAUACAAACUGUAAUGCCCACUCUCACCAGUGCCACUUUGUCAGGAACUGCCUCCUCCUCAUAAUCUCUCCCUGUGCAGAGAAUAACAAGAAACAGGUGAAGUGCUUGGGUUCCCUUCUUGCAUUCCCAGCACAUAAAACUUUAUUCCCCACUCUGACCAGGACAUCGGCUGGGACACAACUAUACCACUGACUGCUCUUUGCAGGGAAAACAACACCAAAUUAGGAGGCCAUUGAAGGUUCAAUCAUCACCCCCCCUCCCACCCCAAGCAUAAGUUUUAUACAAAGAAUUUGACAUGCAUCGAGCCCAUGGGAGGAAGAAUUUGACCCGAAAUGAAGAGGAAGCCCCUAUCUCACCAACUCAUAAAUUUAGGUCUCCACCAAGCCCAGGAAUUCCCCCAAAACAUCCCAAGUUAAUGGCUGAACCUGGGCAGCCCUUUCCCCCUCAGUUUAUCCGAAAGCUGAAAAAUGCUGCUAUAGGCACAGGCUGUGACAUCUGCCUAAAGGUGGCAGUGGCAGGUCACCCGCUGCCAACCCUAAACUGGUACAAGAAUCAGGAACCCAUCCAACCUGGAGGAGAGGAAUAUGGGACACUAUGCAUCAGGGACAGCCAGGUGGAGGAUGCUGGAGUGUACACCUGCGUGGCCCAGAAUCCUCUGGGGGAGGCUAUAACUUCUGCUGUGCUGGCAAUCAUUGAAUUAGAAGACUCUGAACCAGGGGAAGAAGAUGCCGGGGGUCCCCAAUUACAACGCACUAUUCGGGCACCCAACAAUACACCUCUGGGAACCCCUUCAGGGGAUUCAGAUACGCUGCUGGCUAGCUCCUUGCACACUACUCCCAGCACGCUGACUGCACUUUCUCAAACAGAUGAGCUCUCCGAUUGGUCAGGCAGCCAACAGACGGUACUAGAAAGGGACGCGAGAAAUGCAAGGCAAGGCUUCACUCAGGGUGGAGGGGCUCGCCACCUGGGGGUGGAGCCCCUCAUUCCAGCUUCCAGCAACGAGUUCCCAGGCAGUGUCUGGGGUUCAGAGGUCAGCCUUUCUGGGUUCAGUGAUCUGUAUAGCAGCGCCUUCAGCCUGUACCGAGGCAGAUCUUGUGCCAUCCGGGUCUUCUUACCAGAAGGGGGUCUGCGGAGAGGUAGCAUCAAUGGGUCUGUAACAGACUCCCCACGAAACUAUGUGAAUCCUAGGCCCCCUAUCAUACCACCACCUUCUCCACGCAUUGGCCAGCGUCCAGUUAUCAUUCCUGCAGGCCGUGGACCCUCCACUCCUGUUACACCUAGAAAGAAAACCAUAAUGCCCAACCAGUUCCAGGACACAGUGACUGAGGAAUUUGAAGAAAAGAUUAGGAGACCAAAGUCCUCUGUUGGUUCUCAGGCCAGUGGUCAAGAUUCUCGUCCUGUAACUCCACUAAGUGAGACAUCAGGACGGGUGUCUAUCCUUAGGGCAUCCCCAAAACUAGUCCGCUCAGGCUCUAAAAUCUUUGAAAAACUUAGAUGUCUUGAAGAGAGAAGAAAAAGUCUAGACCAGACUGACAGUCCUUUUCCAGUGCACUCGUGGUUGCCUCUCCGUAAGGCACGAUCCUUUGAUCAGCCAGGGGCUGAGGGGAUUGGUGCUGGUCUAGGUUCCUCAAAUGAAGAGCUAAGGGAUGAUUUAAGAGAUGGUGUAAGAUCAGAAAUAGGUGGGUUUACUUUGAGGUACCCAUCUCUGAGACAUAAGACUACCUCACUGGACGACAGGGGAGCUCUCUAUGGACGAAUUAGUGACAUUGAGACCCGCUUCUCACAAGAGCUGACUCGUAUCAAAAGAACUGUGUCCCAGCAACAGCUCGUUCGUUCAUCACAGGAUCUAUCUCGAAGAUCACCAUCACCCCAAAGAUCCCUAGCUGCCCAGCCUGCUCCUGUGGACCCAAAGCUAACCAAAGUGUCAACAGCUUCAAAGCCUUCGGAAACAGAAGAAAAGCAACCAGCAAGGAAACCACUAGUCAGAAGCUUUGCCACUGUCAACCAAAUAUCAGAAAUUAAGGAACCCCUGGGUUUUACAAGCCAACCCCCUACACGGUCAGAAAAAUCAUCAAAUGGUUCUGCAGUUUAUCAGGACUCUGUGAGGCACGUAGAAACAAAUCUGAAAUCACAACCACACCUUUCAGGAAAAAUCAUUGCACCAAAAACUGUUCCCCCACAAGUAUUCAAAGCUAUGACUCUCCCUGCACAAUCCCAAAAAGAGGUAGUCAGUGAUACACAGCUGAAGAGAGUUCCUGAUGUUGGAAGCGCACCUCCACUGUCCAGCACACAUGCCCCAGCAGCCCUAGACAUAGCUCAGAGAGGACUUGUUAAAGAAAAGGAAUCUGUAAGUGAAGAGAAGAGGUAUCUACCCUGGGCACUCCCCGUUGGAAAUAAUAACAACAGCCAAACACCACAGGAUAAGGGUGUGGGACAGGUCAAAAAGCACAGUGAUGCACACACCAGCAGCAAAAGCAACAAAAGCAGCAGAAGCAAGGGAAAGAGCCGUCGAAGCAGGCCUUUGUCACCAGAACUUGAGUCAUCAGAUGAUUCAUAUGUGUCGGCGGGAGAGGAUCCUGUAGAAGCUCCUGUGUUUGAAAUUCCUCUACAAAGUGCACUAGUAAAUGCUGGCACUGAGGUGUUAUUAAAAUGCAUUAUAUCUGGAAACCCUACUCCAGAAGUGUUUUGGAGAAAGGAUCACAUUUUGCUGAAAAACAGUCCAACCCAUCAAAUCCGAGCAGAAGGCGAGAGAUACACAUUGCUACUACGCUGGGCACUGCCCUCAGACUCUGGUAUUUAUACAGUCACUGCACGGAAUGAAGUUGGGGAAGCCAGCAGCUGCGGGGCCCUCACAGUAAAACCAGCACCUACCAAAGAGUCGCCUGCACAUCGGGGGACACCUCGUGAUCUUCUGAGCCCCAUAACAUCUGAUGAAGAGUACCUCAGCCCCCAGGAAGAUCUAAGUGAGCCUACUACACCCCAGCAUAAGAUGGCUGGCAAAGGUCCCACAUUCAAAGCUCCUCCUACUUUCAAGAUGACUCUCUUGGACCAGCGAGGGUUUGAAGGUCAAGAAAUCGUUCUCAGUGUUCAGGUGGAAGGUGAACCCAAACCUAUAAUCAACUGGCUGAAGAACAAGCAGCAGGUGAGGCCUGGUGGAAGGUUUCGAAUAUCAGAAGGUCCUUGGGGGAUGUUCUCACUACACAUUGCAGGGGCUGAUAAACGAGAUUCUGGAUUCUACACCUGCAAAGCAAUAAAUGAGUAUGGGACAAAGCAAUGUGAAGCGAAGAUUGAGGUUCUAGCGUCCCCUGGCAGCACCAGCUUGGAGGUUCUGACCCCCUUGCAGGAUGUGAGGGUGUGCGCUGGGGAGGCAGCAGUGUUUGAAUGCGUGGUGUCGGGCCCCACCGAUAUGGACCUGGAUUGGAUGUUCCGUGGAAAGUUGCUUCAGCCGGCUCUGCUGGACUGUAAGAUGCGUUUCAACGGAAAGCAGUGUGUGCUGCUCCUGAAUUCAGUCCAUGAAGAUGACAGUGGAAUCUACACCUGCAAACUAAGCACUGCAAGAGAUGAGUUGACCUGCAGUGCUAUGCUAACUGUACACCCAUCACUGGCUCCUCUCUUCACUCGCAAGUUGUCAGAUCGAGAUGUCAUAGAGGGACGCACAGCUCGACUGGAUUGUAAAAUUAGUGGCACCCCGCCCCCUGUUGUCACAUGGACUCAUUUUGGACAGCCAAUAGAGGAGAGUGAGAACAUCCAUAUUAUUAGAGAAGGAGGACAUCACACCCUGUUGAUACCCCAUGUGGCAAAUGAGGACGAGGGGCAAUACACAGCGACUGCCCAUAACCAGCAUGGGGAGGCCGAAUGCUCUGCGGAACUCUACGUGGAGGAGCCUCGGUCUGCUGCAGCAUCUCAUAUCUCCAAGCUGGAGAAGAUGCCAUCCAUUCCAGAAGAACCAGAGAUGCAGGAGUGUGAGGUCGAGGGUGUGAUGAUGCCAGAUUUCCUGCGACCUCUGCAGGACAUUGAUGUGGUGGAAUUUCGAGAGGUACAACUUGAGUGUCAGGUAACCGGGUUGCCGUACCCUACCAUCAUCUGGUAUCACAAUGGUCAGAAGAUCCAGAGCUCUGAUGAUCGCAGAAUGACUCAAUAUAAAGACACCCACCACCUGAUUUUCUCCUCUGUGAACCAUUCUCAUGCCGGAGUGUACAAAAGUGUCAUCUCAAACAAAGUUGGGAAAGCAGCAUGUUAUGCACACCUGUAUGUCACUGAUUUGGUACCCACUCCUCCUGAUGGUCCACCCAUCAUUACUUUGGUAACUGGGAGAAUUGUGAAUCUUAGAUGGAAGCCACCCAAAAGAUUGGAUCCAGCCAUAGAUCUGGCUCAGAUUACAUACUCAAUCCAGCAGCAGGCAGUGGGGUCUCCCCAAUGGACGGUCAUCGCCACCAACCUAAAGGACACUUCUUAUUGCGUCAAAGCUCUGACCAAGGAACAUCAGUAUCUAUUCCGUGUGACAACAAACACCCCAACUUCUCACAGUAAACCUUCCCCUCCUAGUGAAAGUGUUUGUCUUCUGGAUAGAGGUCCCUACCUGGAGGAGAUGCCUUCUAUACUGGAUCGUCCUGAAAUCUUGUAUAUGGUGGAAAACCAGCCUCUCUGCAUAACUGUGACACUGAACCAUGUGCAUGCCAAAGUCACUUGGCAGAGAAUAGACACUGUUCUAAACAAUGUUGAGGAUAUGUAUGAGAUGAGUAUGCCAGAUGACGACCAGCACUCACUCACAUUCUUCAGCCCAAGAAAGUCUGACUUAGGACAGCUGACAUUUGUGGCAAAGAACCGCUAUGGGUCAGAUAGCUGUACCAUUUCCAUCGAGCUGGCAGAGGCUCCCCGCUUUGAGUCUAUCAUGGAAGACAUAGAGAUUGGUGUUGGUGAAACAGCUCGCUUUGUGGUAGUGGUGGAUGGGAAGCCUAUUCCUGACAUCAUGUGGUACAAAGAUGGGGUACUUUUGUCAGAGAGCGGUCACCUCAGCUUUGUAUAUGAUGAUACUGAGUGCUCUCUGGUGAUCUUAAACACGGCACUUGGUGACUCUGGAGUGUACACCUGCACAGCACGUAACCUUUCAGGGGAAAUUUCCUGCAAGGCAGAGCUGCAAGUGUGCCCAGAUGAAGCAGGGGCAGGAUCUGCAAAGCAGGAAAUAGAUGUACUAAAAGCUCGUAGACUGAUUGAUUUCUACAACAUCCACAAAGAAAUUAGCAGAGGGGCCUUUUCCUAUGUCCGUCAUGUAAUAGAAAAGAGCAGCGGGCGAGAUUUCGCUGCCAAAUUCAUACCGAUCCGCGUGGCAACAAGGGAGAGUGCUCGCAGGGAGCGUGACAUACUGUCCAAGCUCAGACACGACAGGAUUGUCUACUUCUAUGAUGCUUUUGAGAAAAGAAGUGCUCUUAUCAUUGUCAUGGAACUCUGUUCUCAAGAGGAACUUCUAGAGAGAUUGACAAGAAAGCUUACAGUGAGCGAAUCAGAGAUCCGCUCGUUUAUACGCCAGAUCCUAGAAGGAUUAGAUUAUUUGCACCAUAAAAACAUUCUGCAUCUGGACAUAAAGCCAGAGAACAUACUGAUGGCUGAUACGACCAGUGAACAGAUUCGGAUUUGUGACUUUGGGAAUGCGCAGGAACUAACCCCAGGGGAUACUCAGUACUGCAAAUAUGGAACCCCAGAAUUUGUUGCACCUGAAAUUGUAAACCAGAUGCCAAUUUCUACAGUAACUGACAUAUGGCCAGUUGGUGUCCUGGCAUAUUUGUGCCUUACAGGUGUGUCCCCCUUUGUUGGGGAGAAUGAUUACACCACACUGAUGAAUAUCCGGGGUUACACUGUUGCAUUUGAAGAGAAGAUGUUUGUUGGUCUCACACGAGAAGCACGUGGUUUCCUAAUCAAAGUCAUGGGCAAUGAGAAGCUGAGGCCCAAUGCUGAAGAGAGUUUGGAGCACCCAUGGUUCAAAACUUUAGCAAAAGGGAAAAGCAUCAGCACAGAUCAUCUAAAGCUGUUUCAGUCUCGCCGUAAAUGGCAGCGUUCACUUAUCAGUUAUAAGUCCAAUAUGGUGAUGAGAACUAUUCCAGAGUUGCUUCAAGAUACAAGCAAUCACUUGUCCAUUGCUAUACCUAAGAAUUCCAAGGAAUCAUCCGGGUUGUCAUCCUCUUCUGAUUCUGAUGACCUAGAAGAGCUUCCCUUUGUCCCUAUGCCUCUCCAGGUCCAGUUUUCUGGAUCCCGCAUGUCCUUGAAUGAGAUUCCAACAGAUGAGGAACAGCCAGCUCAGCCCCAGGACAAUGGCAGCUGUGGUGAUGAAGCAGAAAGAAGUCAGGCUAUGGAAAUUAGCAGCACAUUUAAAGAACAAGGUGUUCCACAGAAAGAAGCAACAGUCCAAGUGAGUCCAUUGUCCAAGCAUGUCAAGGGAACCCUUACCAGAAAUAGAUCUGCUGAAGCUGAAGUUGGUUCUUCCUCUGAUGAGGAAAUUUCAGAAACUGAAAAAAGACAGGAGCAUCCACGGAGACCUCUGAAAAAGGGAUCCAGCUUGGAAUCUUCCGACAUUCCUGAUGGUGAACUAAUACCUGCUCGUAGAGGGGAACUGAGGAGGGGAAGCUCUGCAGAUAGCGCUCUCUUGCUCAAUUUGUUGACAACAGAUGGGGAUGAAGAGAGAGAUCGACCAGAUAAGGGAAUGAUAAAAGCUGCCUCAAUGGAGCUACCAACACGAAGCAGGAGCCCAAGUAGAUUAGAGGAUAGAGGCACACUACGAAAAAAGUUUGGAUCAGCUGAUGAAGAAUAUGCUCAGCGGUUAGAAAUGAUGAGGCAGAGGCUGUUGAGAGGAGGUUCAGCAGAUGGAAAACUCAGUGGUCUUAGAGGCCCACUCAUAGAAACACUUUCUGUAGACAAGAAACUAGCAGAUCAGAUAUCUAUGCGCUCCCCCAGAAGUGAUACAUCUUCUCUAAGUCCUAUUCCUGCUAUCAAACUAACCCGAGCUGCUUCCAGUGAGGCUGCUCCUGGUAGAGAAGCAACAGAAGAAAGAGUCUUAAGGAAAGCCAGUUCCUUUUCUCACAGUGACACAGAGCCACUGGUUAUGCAUCGCAGAUCAGGGGCACCCCUGGAAAUACCUCUUGCUCAGUUGGAGGCACAGCGUCUUAAAGAGUCUCCUUCUCUUUCAGCAUUGACAGACCAGUCGCGUUUAGAAUCACGUCCUGAAACACCACGUGAGGUGAUUCCUAAAUCUCUAACCCAAGAAGCACAGCAAUCAAAGGCAGAAAAUAGGGAUUCAGAAACUCAGAGUGAUAAAGAGGCUGGGAAAGGCACCAGACCUAUUCAGCAUCGUACAGAGAAAGCUUCAAAUUCAUUGAAAGACUUGGUAAUUGUUCUUCCAAGAGUGACUCCACCUUUGGAUGAAAUGCCAUCUAAAACAGAGUUGCAAAGUAUUCAGACAGAUAGGGUACAUGAAAAAUUACAUAGAGCUGAUAUGAACCUGCCAGCUACUAUUUCAUCAAAUGAAACAGUGCCAACAAAGCCACCACCCUUGCCUUUGCCUGCUAUGCAGUCUUUACCUGUGCCAAAUGAACCUUUACCCUCUUCUGCACUGACAAAUGAGAUGCCUAAAUUGAAAGAGAAGUACUCUUCACCUAUUAAGGACAAGGAAUCCAUAACAAUGAUAGAAACAACAGACCUGCAAGAUCAAAAUAAAGAAACUUUAUUACCACAAGCUGCACACAUACAGAUUGCAGAUGCAGUGCCUAAAAAAGAUGUAUCAGUUAAAGAAAAAACAUCUUCUCCAGCUAUCCAACAAGUAGAUAAGACAACAGCUAUACAAUCACCUUAUUCUCCUAUGAUUCAGACACUUCAAAUGCCUCAGGAGCUCGAGACAGCUAGCGUUCCUGAGGAAAUUUCAAAUACCCCGUUGAAAGCUGAACUAGUAUUUCAGGAUCAGUCUUCUGCAAAGGCUCAAGUAAUAUCACAAGUGUCAAAGAAAGAAGGCAAGGAAGAGCCAUCAGAAGCACCCAAGCUUAUUAACACCACCAGAUCUUCCAGCACAGAGAAUGUCCCAUUUAUCAGCAACAUUGAUUCAGAAGAAAUCUUUGAAGCUAAGUUUAAGAGGAACCGUGAAAAUUCUCUUACCCGAGGUCUGAAAAAGCUUACCAGGACUUGGUCAGAAGAGAAGAAUUUAGCUGCAACCCAUGCAUCACGAGAAGAAGAAAUGUACAGACCUAGCCCUGUAGGUGUCCCACUAGAGUUUCUUGUUCCUGCAGCUCUUGGACUGCAUGAACGAUCAAGGUCAGUGCAAGAUCUGCCAGAUGCUGAGAGGGAUUCAAGCUUUAUGAGAAAGCUAUCUUUGAAAUUUAAGAGAACUCCACCAACUGAAAGGAAGCAGAAACCAGCAGAAGAAGUAGAAGGUACUGGUAGACGACUGUCAUGGUCAAUAGGCAGAGGAAAUUCCAAAGACAAGAAGGACACAGAGAGCUUAAAUUCUGAAAUGGGCUCAAUAGAAACCAUCACAGAUAAACAUAUAAAGGACCAGAAAAAGAGUAGUCAAUCACCAGUGUUGGCCAUGAGAAAGAAAAUAGGUAGUACCAUGGAUCGACUUUCUAUGAAAUUAAGAAGCCAAUCAGAAGAUAGAAAGGAUGCAGAGCGAACAGAGAAGAAAGAAGUACGUACAGACAAAAGCUCCCCAUUAAUGUCUUUACUCAGGAGAUCCAACUCAGAAGGAGAGAACUUAAAGAAACUAGGAAUACCCCAGAACCAACUUGCUUCCCAGGUUUCAGCUCCAUCCACAGAGUCUAUUGAAUCUCGUCUUAGCAUCAAGUCUGAAAUGGUAGUCAAGGACGAUAGGCGAUCAAGGUGGGAUCGCUGGGGCCUGUCACGCAACAAAAAGGAGAAGAUGACAUCUCAGCCAAGUAUCCCCGCCAGUCUGAUGAAUGAGGACGGCAGUAUAGUUGGCCGACAAUACAUCCGUAAUGAGUCAGACUUCCCCCCAGUCUUCCAUAUCAAACUAAAGGACAUUGUGGUGCUAGAAGGAGAGCCGGUGACACUGUCCUGCUUACCUGCUGGCAGCCCUUCCCCCCGUAUCCUGUGGAAGAAAGAUAAGAUGUUCUUGGAUGGAGCAGAAAAGGUGCAUAUAAAAUCCUGCCCUGAUGGCAGACAGCAGCUCAUCAUACCAGUGGCUGGGCAGAGAGAAGCCGGUCUGUAUGAAUGCGUUGCAGCAAAUGCCCUGGGUUCUGUAGCUAGCUCCUGCACAGUGUCUGUGGCAAGAAUACCUGAUCCUCCUGGGACCCCAGAGAUUCCACAGAAGUAUAAAAACACAGUGCUGGUUCUAUGGAAGGCACAUGAGCACAGCUCUCCUUGCACCUACGUCCUGGAGAAACAAAUUAAUGGUGAAGGAGAUUGGAAGGCAAUAAGUUCUGUAAUCACUGACUGUUACUACAAUGUGACUGAGCUUCAGACAGGCAAUGUCAGGUUCCGUGUCGCUUGUGUCAACAAAGCUGGACAGGGACCCUACAGCAAUGUUUCCAAAACCGUCAUCAUAGAUGGAGAAGAUCGUAAACCAGUCACACCUUCUGUCCAGAAGGCUCAACCAGUGGGCACUGGAGUGUCCACUACUGUUCCAAUGACUCUCUGGACUCCUUCUACCACAACUGUUUCUCCCCCUGUUGUCUCUACCCCCAAAUUACCUCCAUCUUGUGGAUCUGCUCCUGCCGUUUCCUCAACUGUUAUAACUACAACUGCAAACAUUUCUCAAGCUCAGCCUCUCCCCAAAGGACCUCCACCUGCAACCCCUCCACGGAAACAUAGAGGAAUACUAUCUACUCCCCCUACUAUGCACAAGCCUGUCAUUGCCACUACGCACAGUGUUAAUAUCACUCCCCAAACUCUUCCUAAUAACAGAGCUCCAUCUUCUGUGGCAACUCCUGCUGUAUGUUCCCAUGUUUCCACAGUAACUGUGUCUAUGUCACCAGGUUCUUCAGUGUCCAAUUUAAGGGUCCCCUCCUCUACUUCUGUGCAGCAAGCAAAACCUAUUCCAGAGCCAACAGCAAAACCAUUACCAGUGUCUCAAAUACAAUCAUCCAAAACUCCUUCAGUGCCAACAGAGCAAACCCAGAAAAUUGCCAUUGUCCCCACUGUUGCCCAGGUUAAAACACCUAUCCCAGGUAUUGCAAAAACCGAAGAACCAUCAAGUCUUCCACAUAGUCCCUCUACAGAACCACAGAUGCUAUCACAGUCAGCAGCUACAAAACCAUCUACCAAGUUCCCUUCUGUUCCAAUUAUGCUGCACAUUCCCCCCUUUAAAUCUGCAACCCUGCCUGCUUCAAGUCCCACUUCCAAAACAAUAUCUAUUCCCUCUCCUCCUACAAGCCCAGUAACCAAACCCUUAACACCUACAUCACCAGCUUAUAUGGUGACUUCCUUUAUAUCAAUGCCAGUGCCUUCACCCUCUACUCCUACUGAGUCCACCACCCCAACUACCCCUCUUACCCCCACCACCCCACCUACCCCCAACCCAACCACCCCAAUUACCCCCACUGCCCAAAUUGUCCCUACACGCGUUCUAGUAAAAAGUGUGACCCCUGGGAAAGACACACGCUAUACACCUGGAGGAAGAGUUACACCCUCUGGAAGAGAAAGCACCACUCUCCGACAAGGAGUACCCCAAAAACCAUACACUUUCUUGGAUGAGAAAGCAAGGGGGCGGUUUGGAGUGAUCAGAGAGUGUAAGGAGAACGCAACUGGUAAGCACUUUGUGGCAAAGAUAAUACCAUAUGAACCAGAAAACAAGCAAAACGUGCUGCAGGAGUAUGAAGUCCUCAAGGGGCUGCGCCAUCAACGGAUCCUGAGUCUUCACGAAGCUUACAUAACCCCUCGCUACCUUGUGCUGAUUUCUGAAAACUGCACAGGACGGGAACUGCUCUACUGCUUAGUUGAGAGGUUCCGGUAUUCUGAAGACGACGUGGUCAAUUACCUUUUGCAGAUCCUACAGGGAUUGGAGUAUCUACAUGAACAAAAGGUUUUACACCUCGAUAUAAAACCUGAGAACGUCAUUGUGUCCUAUAUGAAUACUGUCAAGAUCAUUGAUUUAGGGAGCGCCGAGAACUUUACUCCACUGGUCCUGCGACCUCUUGGCAAACGAGUGGGAACUCUGGAAUAUAUGUCUCCUGAGAUGCUCAAAGGUGAUGCAGUAGGUCCAGCAGCUGAUAUCUGGGGUGUCGGAGUGCUGACUUACCUAAUGCUGAGUGGGCGAUCUCCGUUCUAUGAGCUGGACCCUGUGGAAACGGAGAACAAGAUUUUGUCAGGCCGAUUUGAUAUUUUUAAGUUGUAUUCCAAUGCCUCCCAAAGUGCUUCCCUCUUCAUUCGCAAGAUCCUGACCAUAUAUCCUUGGAGCCGGCCAUCACUCAAGGAAUGUUUUUCAAAUCCAUGGCUCCAGGAUGCCUACCUAAUGAAGCUCAGACGUCAAACCCUUACUUUCACCACUAACAAGCUCAAAGAGUUCCUUGUAGAGCAACAGAGGAGACGCGCAGACACAGCCACUAAGCACAAAGUCCUUCUUCGUUCGUACCAUGGAAGCCAGCCCUCAGCUCCUGUCACUCAGUGAUCUUUAAGAGCAGACUUUGUAAUAAAUAAGUUGGCCAAGAAGCCAUAGGAGCAUUCCACUGGAUCAUGGAGGACCCUCAGGGGUCUCAGGGAAGUCGGACUGGCCAGAGAAGGAGAUACAAGUCAUACCCUGUCUAUAUACAGAGAGGGUCCCUUACAAUCUACUGGGACAAGGAAUCCCAGAGAAGCCUAUGAAAAAAAGAACAUUAGCUCAAUAUACCUCAAUGACAGCAGCAGAGAAGUCUAAUAAGAUGGAGGGGGAGGAAACACUUGAAAAUGGGGUGCAUGAUGCAUGUGACAAACUCCCAACUGCUAAAGCUAAGAAAAGCUGGCAACUGCUUAAAAUUAUUCACCUUUGAUCUCAGCCGGAUGUAACCUAAGGUUCCACUAUGGGCUGCAGAGAUUUUUCUGAGUAACCGUAAUCUUGUUUUUUUUAUUAUAAACCCCCUGGUUUACACAAAUACUAAUUUCCCAAAAACCGUCUGGCGUCCUGAAGGAAACACAGCAAGUGGUCUUAAAUUUUAGUUGGGCAAAUGUUUAACUAAGGUGUUUUUCUUAUGUAUUUAGGCAAAUAAAACUUCCCUAGGUUGCUUAACAAAUAAAGAAUGGUCAGGGCAGUCAUGCUACGUCCAGUUCUACUUGAGAAAUUAGCUCAGGAAUGGUUUCAUGAAGGCUGUGUCUUCCUAUAUGAAAUAAUUUCAGCCAUGCUGUCACUACCUAAAAUACUGGUUUUGGAAUGGCUUUAUAACAGUCAAGUUGUUCCUACAUGAGAUAUUGGCUCAUAAAUUGCUUUGUAACAGCCAUAUUGUUCCUGCAUGAGAUAUUGGCUCAGGAGUGAUUUUGAAAUAGCCAUGUUGCUCUUACCUAUGAUAUUGGCUCAGGAAUGGUUUGAAAACAGCCAUGUUGCUCCUACCCGAGAUAUUGAGUCAGGGGUGGCUUCAUAAUAGCCGUGUUUGUUCCAACCUGAGAUACUGGCUCAGGAAUGGUUUUGUAAAGGCUUUGCCUGGAAAAAAGGCUUAAUGGUCGUUUACUAACAGCCAUAUAAUUCCUUCCUAGGAAUGGUUUCAUAAUUGCCAUGUCUUGCUUUAUGAAAUACUGGCGUAUAAAUGGUCUCAUGACAACUUUGAAUACUAAAUACAAAGUGUUGACAUAUCAGCCUAAGCACCUUAUUUCUCAUCCUUUGAGUUCUAGAGGAAACAUUCUGAGUUGUACUGAUGUCUCCUCUUGGCACUUAAAGGAUGAGUUACUAGAGAAAAACUUAAUUCUCCAAGCUCCUAAAAAAGUUGUUAGAUAGUGGAGCUACAGAAUAACUAAGAUCUAAAGAUACUGAAAGUUACUGUAUGGAACUUGGAACAAAAGGGGUGAGCUGAGUCGUUGUGCAUCAAACAUUGGAGUUUAGAGCUGCAUUUCUACUGUAUAGCAAAUAUUGGCACGGAAAUGGGCACAAAUUUUGUCUCACAAAACGUAAAAUUAAUAUACAGUGGAGCUUAUGGAAGUGGCUUUUGCUUUUCCUUGCCUCCAAUGCUUUCUCUUUCUUUGCUUAAUUUGUAACUUGGCAUUUGAGAUUUAUAUGGCACCUGAGAAAGCAUGGCCUAUAAGGCACUUUUGCAAUGCAGGGGUGAAACCACCAGAUAAUGUGAUUAUUUUCAUUGUACACAGCCAUGACGCUCACAGUAAAGAGAAGGAAAGACUAGUACACAGUAAAGAUGUAUUAUUGAGAAAGAGCAUAUGUAUGUUGGGGUGCGUUUAAGACAGUGUUAUAGACAAGCAGGGAAUAAUAUGGGUAAAGGUGUAUGUUAAUGGGAAAUAUUAUUGGUCAGCACAAUGUGCUGGACAUUGUUCUGCCAGGUACCAAGAGUUGAAACAAGAUGUACCCACUGGAGAGUAGGAGGCUCUGCACAUCCAGGGGUAAAAGGGCUAAAUGAAUCAGCUCUGGAGGGGGAUCAAACUUACUUGAACGCUCCCUUCUCUGACUUUGUACAUUUGGUGGGGGCCUCUCCCCUGAGCUGCUCUUGAGUGGUUUAUUUAUUCUUUCAUUCUAAGUAGAUUUGUAUUUAUUCACCUAUGUGUUGCUUUCUUUGUGUUUGUCUACCCCCCCCCCUUUAUUUUUGGUGUGGAAAAAACUACAAAUAAAAUUACAAAAAGACGCACGACCCCAUAAAUCAAACCAGAUUGUUUCUCUCUUUUCUU